UGACUCUCUCUCUUCCCCUUUGUGAUCAAAACAAUGAACCUUCUUCGUCUUCUUCAAUCCUUCAAAACCCUAGAAAUUCUUCGAAAUCACCAAACCCUGGAAAAAUUUCCCCGAAAUCUCUAAUCCUUCGUAUUAUUGAUUAAUUUAUUGUUUGAUUUUAAGAAAAAUGAAUGAAAUUAUGUUAGAAUUUUUGAUCCCAUCUUGGUGGGAGAUUGAAAUCACUGUUGCUGCUGCAGUUUUUGUGAUUAUUUCAUUUACUUUCUUUUAUACUGGUGGUGGGAUUUAUUAUUGCCAUGAUGAUCAAAGAGGUCUUUGUAAUGAUUCUGCUGCUGGUGGCGCUGAACUUGAUGAUCCUGAUAGGAUAGGCCAGUUGAAGGGAGAUUUGCAAAGCAAUUCUGUAUAUGUGAUCAAGCUGGAACUUCUCGCUGCAAAGAAUCUUAUUGGUGCAAACCUGAAUGGUACAUCGGACCCAUAUGCUAUCAUUACUUGUGGUCAACAAAAACGAUUUAGUUCCAUGGUUCCUGGAUCUAGAAAUCCAAUGUGGGGUGAGGAGUUCAAUUUUAAUGUGGACGAGCUUCCUGUUCAGAUUAAUGUGACGAUAUAUGAUUGGGAUAUAAUUUGGAAAAGCACAGUUCUUGGUUCUGUGACUGUUCCAGUAGAAGGUGAAGGUCAAUCUGGAGCGGUCUGGCAUGCACUUGAUAGCACGUCGGGGCAGGUUUGUCUUCAUAUCAAAACAUGUAGAUCUUCAAGGGGAAGUGGAUAUGGUGGAGUAAAUACUAGAAGAAGAGUAUCUUUAGAUAAGCAAGGUCCCACGGUGGUUCAUCAAAAACCUGGUCCUUUACAAACAAUCUUUAAACUUCUUCCAGAUGAGGUUGUUGAAAACAGUUACUCGUGUGCACUUGAGAGGUCAUUCUUGUAUCACGGACGUAUGUACAUCUCUUCGUGGCAUAUAUGCUUCCAUUCAAAUGUGUUCUCCAAGCAAAUGAAGGUUAUUAUUCCAUUUGAUGAUGUAGACGAGAUAAAGAGGAGCCAACAUGCAUUCAUAAAUCCAGCUAUCACUAUUAUUCUCCGGAUGGGUGCCGGUGGGCAUGGUGUUCCUCCUUUGGGAAGUCAAGAUGGUAGAGUCAGAUACAAAUUUGCAUCAUUUUGGAACAGAAAUCAUGCAUUACGUGCUUUACAACGUUCAGUAAAGAAUUUUCACGCAAUGUUAGAAGCUGAAAAGAAGGAGAAUGCACAAUCUGCGUUGCGUGCGCAUAGCAGCUCAGUGAGAGCUUCUGGACCAGUUAAAGUGCCGGAACAAAAUGUUCCCAAGCCUGUGAAAUAUCAAGCAUUUGUCAGAGAAGAAGUUCUAGUUGGUAUAUACAAUGAUGAUUUCCCUUGCACAGCAGAGCAGUUCUUUCUUGUGCUGAUGAGCGAUGAUUCAAAUUUCUUAAAUGAGUAUCGAGCACAACGAAAGGACACUAAUCUUAAUUUGGGCCAGUGGCAUGAUGCAGAUGAAUAUGAAGGCCAGGUUAGGGAAAUUACGUUUAGAUCACUUUGUAACAGUCCCAUGUGUCCUCCAGACACAGCCAUGACUGAGUGGCAGCAUGCUGUUCUAUCAGAAGAUAAGAAAAAGCUGGUGUUUGAGACUGUGCAACAGGCACAUGAUGUUCCCUUUGGAUCUUACUUUGAGGUCCAUUGUAAGUGGUGUCUGGAAACUACUUCAGAGACUUCUUCCCAUAUGGAUAUUAAAGUGGGUGCACAUUUCAAAAAAUGGUGUGUAAUGCAGUCGAAGAUAAAAACAGGCGCGAUCAAUGAGUACAAGAAAGAAGUAGAGAUGAUGCUAGAGGUGGCACGCACAUAUCUGACCAAGUUGAAGGCUUCUUCUGGUGGUGACAUUGAGGUGACCUCCACAACUCAAAAAACUACAACACGGUAAUACCUUGCAGUCUGUCUUUAGGAGUUAUGCCAGUAUCUUUAUUAUCCGAGCUCUCCACGUUCUUUUACCUCCCUUGUAUUGAUGUAACACAAAACAAAAUGGAACGAAAAGAAAUCCACAUCUCCUGUAACAACCUCGUCAUACUGAACUUAUCAGGUAGAUAUACGGAGCCUAAGUGCAAUGUAGUUUUAUGUUGUUUUUACUUAAAUACCACCCUGUGUUCUAUAAAGAAUAUCCAGUGGUGAGUUUUGUUACUUCAUAUACUUGUAACGAGUUUUCCUUCAGUGCUGUGUAUCCUCUUGACUCUUGACCAAUCAGAAAAACAAAAAUCAUUGUGGUA